GCCCAGGGCCAGUCCAUUACAACUCGGGCAAAGGGGUUUUUAAAAUAUAUAUAUAUAUAUAUAGACUAUCCCUAUUCCCACUUUGAAAUGUUUAAUGGUUUAUUCCUCCAGGACCAUCCUAGGAGAAGUUGGACGAGUCCAUUGAAAUUAGGGGGGAUGUAGAUGUAGUUCAAUGGCAUUUGGAAAGGACAGGUUUGAAUCUACAGGGGAAAGAAAUAUUUCAUAUUUUCUCUUCUGCGGGUGUCCAGAUCUCUCUCCCUAGAAGGCCAUGCCUGUCCAGCCCUUGCCCAAGGAGAUGGAGGUGGAAGGAGAUUCGGCCGCAGAGAUGAACGGAGAGGAAGAGAGCGAGGCUGACCACAGCGGAAGUCCCUCGGAAUCGGAAGAGGAGAGCUCAGAGAUGGAUGAGGAAGACUGCGAGCGGCGGCGCUUGGAGUGCCUUGAGGAAAUGCUGGACCUGGAGAAGCAGUUUUCUCAGCUCAAAGAGGUGCUUUUCAAGGAGCGGCUGAGCCAAGCGAAGGCCAAGCUGGAGGACGUGGCGUCUGGGAAAGCGGCCGAAUACCUGGACCCUUUGGGGGUCUUGCAGAACCACAUGCAGAUUCGGAUCGAAGUGGCCGGGAUCUACCGGGGUUUCUGCCUGGAAGUGAUCCACCACAGACACCGGUGCGAAGCGCAGGGAGCCCAGCAGCACUUGGAGAGCGAGAAGCUGCUGCUGUUUGACCGGCUCCAGGAGCGUCUUUUGGAACGGAUCCAGCGCUUGGAGGUCGACCGGCACAGCGUGGGCCUCACCUCAGAAUGGUGGGAUAACAAGCUUCGGCCGAAGCACAGCUCCAAGGACUGGGACCCCCUCCGGCCCGGAAAGCGGAAGAAACCGCCACUAGUGUCUGGUCCGUACAUUGUCUACAUGUUGCGUGAUAUCGAUAUCAUGGAGGACUGGACGGCCAUCAAGAAGGCAAAGGCUGCUGUGUCCCCGCCGAAGCGGAAACUGGAAGACCCCCGCAGCCCCCUCCCCACCGGCCCAGUGAAGGCAGAGAAGCUUCCCUCCCCGGCCUUGUUCUCGGCCCACUGCGAAGACGGAUGCCUCUUCUACGAAGGCGAGACCUACGCCAAGGGACAGAGCAUCGCCUUGCGCAUGGGGGACGAGCCCCCCGUCCAGGCCACGGUCACUGCGGUCAGCACCGGGGAGGUCUGGCUCCGCAGGGAGGACGGCACCAAGACCAAAAUCUACGUCUCCCAGCUGCAGAAGGGCAAGUAUUCCGUGCACAAGACCUAGCUGCGCACUCGGCUACGGACUAGGCCUCUCGGAAGUGGAGAGGGCCCUUUCAACAAGGCCUUUUGCAACAUGAGGCCCAUCUCGUUCCUCUUCGACUUGCGUUUGCGUUUGUCAAGUCUCGGAAGGAGGAAGUUAAGGAGACAUUGGUUUGCAGGCAGAUAUUUUUACUCUAAUUAAAUAAAAAUAAUAAUAAUAAAAUAAA